AUGUUGCUCUCACGCGCCAAAAUCCUGUCUUUGCUAGCCCUGAGCUGGUUCAAUGGAGUCAGCGGUAGAGCCGUGGGAAGGGACCUCCACCUUUUGAAUGGAAGGCAGCAGGAUAUCGUCACAUGGGACGACAAGAGUCUGUUCAUCAAUGGCGAAAGACUGAUGGUAUUCAGUGCCGAGUUCCAUGCGUUCAGAAUGCCAGUUCCUCAUCUCUGGUUUGACAUUCUGCAAAAGAUCAAGGCAGCCGGUUACAACUCGGUCUCCUUCUACGUCAAUUGGGGUUUGCUGGAGGCUAAGCCUGGCGAAGUCCGAGCUGAAGGUAUCUUCGCCCUGGAGCCUCUCUUCGAAGCUGCCCAGAAGGCUGGACUGUACCUCUUCGCCCGUCCCGGUCCGUACAUCAACGCCGAAGUGACUGGAGGUGGUUUCCCCGGCUGGCUGCAGAGAGUCCAGGGCGUCCUCAGGUCUGGAGAUGAGGGAUACCUGAAGGCUACCGACAACUACACUGCCGCAAUCGGCAAGAUCAUUGCCGGUGCUCAGAUCACCAAUGGAGGUCCGGUCACUCUCUUCCAAAUGGAAAACGAGUACAACGCUGCUAUCGCGCCGUACCCUUUCCCCGACUAUGAUUACUGGAAGUAUGUCGACAACCAGUUCCGAAGCGUCGGCGUUGUCGUCCCAUACGUGAACAAUGAGGCCUGGCAAUUGGGUGCCAUCACGACCUCUACCCCCGCAAAGGUGGACAUCUAUGGUCACGACUCUUACCCCUUGGGCUUCGAUUGCUGGAACCCUACUGUGUGGCCUGAGAAUGGCCUCCCCACGGACUGGCUAGCGACGAACAACAGAAUUGCACCUGACAGCCCCUACACCAUUGUCGAGUUCCAAGGCGGCGGCUUCCAGCCUUGGGGUGGUGCUGGCUUCGAAUCAUGCGCUGGUCUGCUGAACCACGAGUUUGAACGUGUUCUAUUCAAGAACAACUACGCUGUCGGUACUACCAUCUUCAACGUGUACAUGACUUGGGGUGGCACGAACUGGGGCAACCUCGGACACUCAGAUGGAUACACCUCCUACGACUAUGGCGCUCAGAUUACUGAAGAGCGACUCAUCAACCGCGAGAAGUACAGCGAGACGAAGCUUCAGGCCAACUUCUUCCAUGUUACCCCUGCUUACUUGGAGGCUGAUCGGUUCAAUUCUUCGCUUGAGUUCACAAACAACGCUGCCAUCACAGUCACCCCUGCCACUACCAAGACGACCAAGUUUUACAUUGCCAGACACACCAAAUACGACUCCCUCGAGACCGUGAGCUACAAGCUGAAGGUCGACACGGUCAAGUAUGGCAAGCUUGAGAUCCCCCAGCUUAGCGACGGCCUCUACCUUACAAGGAGAGACUCCAAGGUCCACGUCAGCGACUACCCUGUCGGGGACAAGAACCUGGUCUACUCUUCAGCUGAGAUUUUCACCUGGAAGAAGUACGACGACAAGACUGUCCUCGUUGUUUAUGGCGGCCCUGAUGAGCACCAUGAACUGGCAGUGGAAGGCGACCAAGGUGAUGUGACUGAUGACGAUGUCAUCGAAGGCUCCGAUGUCACUAUCGAACAGAAGGAGGGUUACACCAUCCUCGGCUGGGCUGUCUCCGACGAGCGCAAGGUCGUCCGCGUCCACAAGAACCUUUACGUCUAUCUUCUAAGCCGCAACGAGGCAUACAACUUCUGGGUACCCCCUACCGAGAGCAACUAUGGUACCUCCGACGUGAUUGUCAAGGCCGGAUACCUCGUCCGAACCGUCGAAGUCAACGGCGACACCCUCAGCUUUUCCGGCGAUGUCAACGCCACCACUCCCAUUGAAGUUAUCGGCGGUGCUCCUGCCUCACUCAAGACGCUCAACUUCAACGGCAAGUCUGUCGAAUUCAAGCAGAACGACCGUGGCAUCGUAACCGCCUCUGUCGACUUUAAGGUCCCUGCGAUCAAGCUUCCAUGCCUCAGCCAGUUGAGCUGGAAGUACAUUGACUCUCUCCCCGAAAUCAAGUCCGACUACUCGGACGAGCUGUGGACUGACGCCAGCCUCGAGAAGACUUACAACUCGGCCAACCCGCUCAAGACCCCGACCAGCUUGUACGGCGGCGACUACGGUUACCACACCGGAUCGUUGCUUUACCGCGGACACUUCACCGCCAACGGUGAGGAGAGCGUCUUCAACAUCACCACCCAAGGCGGGAACGCCUACGGCGCUUCCGUAUGGCUCAACGACGAGUUCAUCGGCUCUUGGGCUGGCAACGCCGUUACCCCCGCACGCAACAGCACUUUCCAGCUCCCCAAGCUGACCAAGGACAAGAAAUACGUCUUCACUGUCGUGGUGGACCACAUGGGUAUGAAUGGCAACUGGGUUAUCAACGAAGAGCAACAGAAGAACCCCCGCGGCAUUCUCAACUACAACCUUGCAGGACACGAGCAGUCCGACAUCAAGUGGAAGAUCACCGGAAACCUGGGUGGUGAGGACUACGCCGACAGAGAGCGCGGCCCUCUCAACGAGGGUGGGCUUUUCGUCGAGCGACAGGGCUACCACUGGCCUGAGCCCCCUUCGAGCUCCUGGAAGGACAGCAAGGGCCCGACUGAAGGCAUUACUGAGGCGGGCAUUGCCUACUACUCUGCCACCGUUGACCUUGACCUCCCCAGCGGCUACGACAUCCCGAUUUCUUUGACCUUCACCAACGCCACAACCACUGCCUACCGUGCCCAGAUCUUCAUCAACGGUUACCAGUACGGCAAAUAUGUCCAUCACGUUGGCCCCCAGACCCGCUUCCCUGUCCCCGAGGGUAUCCUUAACUACCAGGGAUCCAACCAUAUUGGCAUCACGCUCUGGGCCCACGAGAAGGGCGGCGCAAAGGUCGAGGGACUCAAGUGGGAAGUUGGCAUGGUCAGCGCUACGGGCUUUGCAAAGGUCAACCCUGCCCCGCAGCCGAAGUGGGCUGAGAGGAAGGGAGCUUACUGA